CUAGCCAAAUUUCCUCAUCAUUACAUUGCUGUCGUUCUCGCAAAGUCCAGUUUCAAGUAUGCACUCAUUGAGAUUGUUGAGGUCAAGGAUCCCGAAUUUCAAAUGGGAACGGGUGAAUACUUUAUCACGGAUUUUGGAUGGGUACAGGCCGAACGAUUCUUACAUCUGGGCGACCCAGAAGACUACAUCGACCUACCACUCGAAAAUGGGCUUGAGGCUCGUGUGGAGAAGGUGAAUUUGGAAGACGAAAAUGCGGCUCAGCAGUCCACAGAUAUGGGUGUGCUAGCUGGUAGGAAACGAAAGCGUCCUCUCGAUGAUGUCGGCCUCGAUUUAUCACUUGGCGAACCUACCGAAGAGAUUCACGACCCUUUCGACAUCUCAACAAGAAAUAUACGAGAUCUACAUGCCUACUGCAGGGCACGCGUAGCUCAUAUAAUUAUCGAGAGACAACUGAAGGCUCGAAACAUUCCAUACGUACAUGUUCGCGCUCAGCCUCCAUUCCAUUCUGCCUUGAAUCGAUCAGGGUAUCCAUCCACCAUUGGGCCGGACCUCAAAACACCCAAGAUGGCAAAGUCAAAACUCAUACCGUACCUUCCUAUCCUAUGCGUUCGAACGAGCGAUAUUUUAGCAGGGGCCGUAGCUGCCGAGGCUGCCAUGCCCAAUAUACGAAUCGAACCCACGGAAUGGUGGACUUUGGAUGACGAGUGCUUAGUCAAUACUAGUGUACGGUUAAAGCAUGUUCAGCCUUUGGACGGUGCACACGUAUCGAACGAUGAUGCUGACGGCUCUGUCAUUCAGCCAUCGGAGAAUAUUUCGUAUGAUAUGAGGAGCGGUAUCGUAAAAUUCCUGAGCCGAAAAGUUGAUGAGUGCGUAGACGAGUUCCUGCACGAGUGGGCCCGUGUCUCGAAGGCAGUUGUUAUCGCCAGACAAGGUAUGCUUUCGUUCAUUAUCAGGGACAAUGCUCAUAAAGUCCGUCUAGUGUCUCUCAUGCCCACUUUGAAAGGAUGGAAGGACGUCCGAAUCUUGUCAUUUGACUUGCAAACGGUCCAAUUUGCAUAUUACCAAGAUUAUGCCAUGUCAAUUACCUCUUCCGACGGAAGUUAUCUCUUAUCCUUCUCUCGUUGUGACAUACCUACUCCAGAGGGUGGUCGAACAGUCACUAGCAGUGGAAUGGACGUUGAAACACCCCGACCGCCUUCCCUCCCUCAGUCUCUUCCCUCAACUCAAUCUCUAUCCCAACCUGCACCCCCUCCAACCCAAUCACAAAGUCAAACCUUGUCGAACUCCCAGCAGCCUUCUGGUCAAAUAAAUGGCCGUCGCAACGCUCAUGAAGAUUCUAUUCGUUUCGCUCAAGAGUUGCUACUAGAUGAUCGGCUCUCUGCAUCUGUUUUGGAACUCGUCGCCUUCUUACGCGCAACAGUCGGCGUCGUUGAAGCUCUGGAUGCAAUCGAGGAGGCAGAGGUAUCAUAUUCCUCAGAGCUGUUGGCAGAAGACGUCGAUGUAUCCAUGAGUCCGGACAAAGAGAAAGUGUCGGAUGGUAGAGUGCGAGGUGAUAGGUUCAGUGUCGUUGUCAAAGCGGCCGGAUGGUGGCGGAUUUUGUAUCCUCCUGCAACCCUAUUCAAUCGCGACGCCAAGACCUACGCUCUCGAUUUAAGAAUGGUGAACGGUAGAUUCAUGAUCGUUGACGCGAGUGUUGAUCUUCGACACGGCAAACGCAGUACAUCCAAUUCCUCUGGAGUCGCUUUCCUAGCACCCAUUCCCGAUUUGGAAGCUCGAAUACGACAGGCAAUAGAAAGCUUAUCCAAGGAGAAUGCGGAUCCUCUCAAAACUGGACCCUCCAGUGACAGUGUUCCUCCCGUCAGUCGAAAAAAUGCUAUCAUUUGCGGACCCGCCGAUGCGCCCCCGCUGAUAAC